AUGCCAUAUAGCCUUCAAUUUGAUGUUAUUAUACAUGUAAAUAGCUUCUCGUGGAAGGAAGCGGGGGGCGAGUCAGGGCAACCCUCCAGUGAAGAAGUUCAAGAUAGGAUUGUUUUGUUGGAGCGUCAGGUGACGAUCGAGGACUUUCAAGAUCUCCUAUGGGAGGGUGAUUCUCUAGUAUCUGUCUUACUCGAUUGUGAUUGGACACGAAUCAUUGACCAGAAGGAUGAAAGGAGGGACAAGAUCAUUGCCCACAUCGACAUCGUAUUUGAGUUUUAUAGUGAACUUGGUGGUGCAGGCCAGGAUUAUGACAGAUACACCUUCUCCGUUCAGGGCAAAUUAGUUAGAUUCUCAGUGGACACAGUCUCCAAUUUUCUUCGUAUCCCUCGACUGCCCACUGCAUAUUUGAGCGUGGUGUCAAAGGAGUCUACAUAUGUAGGUGAUGGGGAGACUACUGAGGAUGAGGAUACUGAUGUAGUAGAUGGUUUCGAUGGCCUCGCUGAUCAUGAGAUUCCUCAGUUGGUUGUGGGUCUAGAUGCUCCUUCCUAUAAUGAGAUCAAGAACAUCAAACAAGUCGACUUAUCCAAUUUUUUCAAAAUCAUGAACAUAAUAAUAACCAACAACAUUGAUCCACAACUACACAAGAACAUAGAGUCAUCCUAUUCAAGAUGGAUUCCUUUAUUAUGUUCAUGUUCAGUCACUAUCAUAAACAGGUCGACUUAUGUUCAUGUUCUUGUAUUCAUGUUAUUAUGUUCAUGUUCUUGAGAUUUUGUAUUCAUGGACCCACUACAGAGGUGAUCGAUGUUCAAGAAGAUGCACAUCCUAGAGAUCAUGGCGUAUUGGGUGAGACAUUUACACUGGGCGUAUCACACAUUACUAUUCAUGAGGAGAUUACAGAUGUCAUGUGUGUAGAGAUAUGAGCAUAGACAACAAAGCUGAUUGAUGCAAUGCAUACGAAAGUCCGGAUCGCCCUCGCAGAGACUGAGUCGAAGAUCAUGUCUCAAUUGAUAGAUAUGGAGACACGCCUUGGUGGAGUCGAGACGGUGCGACGAGAUUUGGGCUAGUAGUGUAUGUCUUUUAUUUGUAUUUUUUUGGUUUUUUGUAUGGACACUAGUUAUUUGUGUUUUGUAUAAUUAUUUUAAAUAUGAAUUGUUUUUUCAUUUUUUAAAUUA